CGCGGACAGCACUCUGCACGUUUCCGAAACCUUCGUGCUCGCUGUUGCCCACAGCGAGCUCAACUACUGCAGUAUUUCACUACAUACAUGAUAACCCGAAAGUCGUGGUAUGUUCAAAAAUCUCGGAAUGAUAACCAAAAGCAGUAGAGUCCUACUCUAUUGUCCUGACUCCUCAUGCCCUCAUUGUCGUCGAUGAUGAGCUACGUAGCGCCGCGCGUCGGGUCGCAGUACUGGCAGGUGCGUGGUGUACUUGUACUGUCCUUGUAUGGUAAUUAUUUAUUUACUAGUUGCGGUUUGACCGCUCAGUCCGCGCCAGUCUUCCCCGGAAGCCUUCACGAGAACGUAGCCCUCGGCACCGUAGGCAAAGGCAAACGUACAGAGGACGUUAGUAGAGGCGAAGUAGAAGAAGCAUGCAGAGUUGCGAUGCCCGAGUCUUGGGUGCUAGGUCUAGAUCAAAGCUACGAGACGCUAUUAAGUGGCACGGUGCAGAAGGCAUUCAGUUGAGCGGUGGAUAGUGUUGUUGGCAGAAGUCUGCCAUUCUGCCAAUGGCAAUUGCCAAACGGCAAUUGCCGGCAGUAGGUCGAGGUCGUUGGGCAGAAGUCGGCAGAAGUCAACGUGAAUCUUAUUUGAAUUAUCA